AUGCUUGAGGAGGACCUAGAUAGCAGCUUCAACAAGGAGGAUCUGCAUGUUUGCAAUCCUAGUACCAUCCUUGAUGCCCUUGACCAGAUGAAGGUGAACAAUGACCCUGAGGCUGAUGACACUGAGAGUCAUGAGUUAGAUGAACUCAAUGCUCAGGGUCUUUCAUUGAUCAUUGUGUCAGGUACCAUUGCUAAUCAUGAUCUAGCCCCAGUGAUGAAGGAGGUCUCCUACCUUAUCACUGUGUUCUCUGCUGCCAAAAUGAAGAAAGCAAAGACCAAAUGUGAGCCUAUCAGUGCUUCUGUUGACCUGAACUCCAAUGAACCCUGGGACACUCUCAAGGCCCAGGUCCUUGUGAAGAUGUCCAACACAAUCAAGCCCCAUGUCCUCAACUUCAACAACUAUGCCCUUACACACUAG